UAUGAGCUUCCUUCAUGUUCACUAAUAAUCUUAUCACUAAUCAACUGAUGAGUCCUAACAUUCUAAUAAAUUGAACUUUCUUCAAAUUCAAAACGUUGACAUCAGAGAAUAUAAAAAAAAAUGGAUGCUACACUUCAACUCCAUUCCUAAUUUUAAAGCCUUAGAAGGGAUGUAUUAUUAGCUUCAACAAGCUAAGACUAUGGAUCACAGAGAAAAAAAUGAGGAAAUUUUACUUCAGUGUAUUCUAAUAAGUGUUCAAGCCCCUCUAAGUUUAAAACUUGUAUAUUUUAUAACUAUAAACAGUCUGAUGAAUAAUGGUAGUUAGUUAGUGAAUUGAUGCCAACCUUUAGGACUCCUUAAGAAUUUUAGUAAAUGAGCCUAUAAUUUCUACCUUAAUCAGCUUAUAACAAUCCAUGGACUGAAUAAGAAGAUCAAUAAUUGCUUGAAAUUAUAUUGUAAUUUGUUUUUUCUAUAAUUUAGGUCAUUUUUAAAAUAAAAGAAAGGCAAUAAAUGGAGUAAAAUAGCUAAAGAACUAAAUGAUGUAUGUUAGAAUAAAUUCAUGAGAACACCUAAAUAAUGUAGAGAAAGAUGGGGCAAUAAGUUAGAUCCAUCUAUUAAUCGGUAAUUGAUAUUUUUAUAUUUUUAGUGAAGAAUGGAGUGAUGCAGAAGAUCUUUAUUUCUUAUAAUUACUCCUUUAACAUGGGCGUAGAUGGGCAGAGAUUGCUAUUCGACUUUCAGCUGUAACAGAAAGCAAGAAGAGAACAGAAUUUGCUUUGAAACAUCGUUACAAAAAAACGAUUCUUUGUUCAAGUAUUUAAAGUAAAAUUGUUUAAAAAUAUGAUUUUAGACUCUAAAUAAUAUCUUGGACAUAAUUAUUCCGUGUCUUCUGAAUGGAAUUCUAAGGAAGCCAAUAAAAUAAUUGCCAAGAUUUCUUAAUUAGAAAAGGCAAUCGAACCUUAGAGAUCCAAUUUAUAUAAUUAUUAACCUUUAAAAAAAUAGCUUAAACUUAAUGACUCAAGUAGAUUAGUCCUAAUAAGAGGAUCAAGUAAGGAGGAAAUAGAUUUAUCUAAACUUUUUCAUUAGAUGAAUCUAAUGUUUCUUCCUGCUUCGAAGGGUCAAGUUUGAGU